AUGGGAAACAUCCUCUUCCUCAUCGGCCUCACCUUCAUAAUCGGCCUCCAAAAGACUGUCGCAUUCUUCUCACGCCGCCAAAAGAUCAAAGGCACCGUCGCCUUCGCCGCCGGCAUCCUCCUCAUCCUUCUGCGCUGGCCGCUCACCGGCUUCCUGAUCGAGCUGUACGGCCUGUUCAUCCUCUUUGGCGACUUCCUCGUCACCAUCGGCCAGUUUGCGGGCAACAUCCCCGUCGUGGGACCGUACAUCAAGCGGGGUCUGGAGACGCUCGCCGGUGGGCGCAGUAACGCCGAACUACCGGUGUAG